GGUGGUGGGUAGGACACUGGCAGGUGUGGAGGGGCUUGUACGGCCAGACUUUCCAGCCAUGAGGCGGAGCCAGAGGCUCCUAGAAGGAGGCAGAUCCUGGCCAGGCCUUGGCCUUGGUUCAGCUAUUUAACCUGUUGCGAGGAGCCUGCCACUCAGGAGCUCUGCCCAUGGGGAGCUGAGUCCUCCUGCAGACCUGCUCCUCACCUGGGCAGGUGCCUCUUCCUCCUAGCCAGUCCACACUAGCUCAAGAGCAGUUCCCAAGGGCUGGCAGGGCUCUGCUGCCUGCUGCCUGGCUCAGGAUGCCUGACUCUGAGAUGCCUGCUCCCUGUGUCUUUGCUCCAGACAUGGCCGAGCAGGUACCCCUGUGGCAUCACUACCUGUCGGCCAUCCAGUCACGGGAGUCACCCCGUGCCCAGGACUACCAGAGAGCAGAGGACAUCUUGCUCACUGUGCUGGAGCGUGUCCAUGCCUUGGACAACCGCUUCCUUGUUGACUAUUCUCGAGACCUGGAGGCCUUCCAGUUUGCACUGCGUUCCUCAGAGGACCCGCUGGAUGUGGAGGUGCCCCUGGGGGUAGACGCCAAAGCUCUCUUCAUUGAGGAGUCAGAAGCCACUGAGCUUGGGGAUGGCCCUGCAAUCUGUCGCCUGGGUGUCCUCAAGAAUGCCUCUGGCCUGGAGCCAUGGAUGACUGACGACGUCUUCAGUGUCUCCUCAGAGGACAGAGACAAGUGCUGUGGCCACAUUGUACCCAGUAAAGUCCUGUGUGUCCUCAAAGAUCUUCUGGUGGCUGCUGUUGUACAUUGCAAGCACCACAGGCUCAUUCCACCAGGUUCUCUGAAUGCUGCCAGCCUGAAGGAAGGACAGCUGCACCUGUCCCUGCUGGUGACCAGCAGUUGGAGGAAGAUACGCUUCAACGUUGUGCCUGUGGUGAGGAAGAAGCACAGGGUGCCUGCCUUGGAAGAGGCCCAGCUGAAGCUUGGGUUCCCUGAGGGCACCCUGAGAAGAAUUGCCAGCCAUGGGGUGGACCUGGUACCUGCUAGUGGCCAGCACUGGAGGAUCUCCACUGGCUACCUGCUCAGCCGCCUGCUUGAUGCGCUAGGCUCCCUCCCUGGUCACCGCCUGGACAGCCUCUCCAUUCUCGACCGGGUGAACCUAGAGAGCUGGCGAGGUGGCAGCCAGAACCCUGGCCUAACUUUUGACCACCUGAAGACAGUGCUGCUGUGGGCCUCUAGGCUGUUCCCAGCAGCAGAGGACUGGGCAGACCUGCAGGGCUCGGUGUACCGCCUUCUGGUGGUCCUGCUCUGCUGCCUGGCUACCAGGAACCUGCCCCACUUCCUGUACCCGGAGUACAACUUGCUGCAGGACAGUGGCCUGGACCUCGGAGUCAUCUACCAACGUGUGGAACACUUUGCCAGCCAGCCCGAAGAGUCCUUACGAAUCCACAUCACCCACCUGGGCCACAGCCGUCCACCACGCAUUGACAACGGAGUGAAGGCACUCCUGCAGCUCCCUGCCAGCGACCCUACCUACUGGGCCACAGCCUACUUUGACUUUCUGCUAGAUAAGUUUCAGGUCUUUCACAUCCAGGAUAAGGACAGAAUCUCAGCCAUGCAGAACAUCUUCCAGAAGACCAAGACCAUGGGAAGUGAGAACAGCUGAGCUGGUAG